AUGACUGAUGGGAAUAAUUCGCUGGAUCCCCUAUCUAUAAAUACGGCAAGGUUAUCGAUAUCAUACCAAGACAAUGAUGCAGAUGGAAAUAGAGCAAGAGUAAGAGAGUUAUUGGCGGAGGAGGGUUUUCAUCGAGAGAGAAGAGACUCGGCGGUUUCUCUAAGUUCAUUAGCAGAGGUGGGUGACGAUGAAACUGACCUUGACUUGAAGAAAAAAGACAAGCUUGCAAGUCCUAAGAAGGCUUCACGUCCAAAGCGUAGGAGAUCAUCAAACCAAUCUUUUGUUGCAUCAUCUUCCAAUGUUCAACAUCCACCAACCAAGAAAGAAAAAGUACAUAAACGAAAACUAAAGAAGCAACAAGCUGUACCUUCUAUUGAAUUCAAAUUCCAAGACAAUAAAGAUAAUAAGGAUAAAGACGCAAAUGAUAACAAUAAUGACAGGUUCCAGUUUAGGAAUGUUCGACUGCUAAUCUUACAGAUUUUUAAGGUUCCAACGGGGAACAAGAUUAAAUGGUGCAGUCUUGAAAAUUCUGACAAGAUAAACACCGUGUGUGUUUGCUUUGCCCCAGGAUCCUGCAUUGAAAGCAUGAUUUUGCCGGAUCAACAACAAUUACAACCACAAUCACAAUCACAAUCACAAUCACAAUUACAAUCACAAGCGAACCCCUCAAAAUCGCCAUUGAUUAGUCUUCCAGACAUCCAGCAUGCUCACAAAGCACCAUUUUUGUUCUACAACUUUACUUCGUGUAUCCGAACUAUUUUACCAGGUAGCAAAGACUCGGUAUACUCUCCACUUGAGUCCAUAAUCAAGGUUCCUUUAACCAAACAAGAGAAGAAACUCAUUUUGGAUAAGCUGAAAGAGGACAAAAUCACCAUUCGGGACUUACUAUUGACUCUGGAACAAAGAGAGCAGUUCAACUAUCCUUUAACAUUGAUGGAUCAAGACUGGCAUCUGACUACAAAGAGCCCCAACUCCGAGGGCAGUUCCAAGAUUUAUGCAUUGGAUUGCGAGUUUUGCAAAGCAAACGAAUCUCAAGUCUUGACACGGAUAUCGUUACUUGACUUUGAAGGCAAUGUUGUUUUCGACGAGCUUGUGAAGCCAGCACAGGAAAUAACAGAUUAUGUAACAAAGUUUUCAGGUAUCACAGAGGAAAUGCUUGCAGAUGUCACUACUGACUUAAAGGAUAUACAAGCUUUAUUUUGCAAACAUGUGUUUCAAGAGGAUAUAUUGGUUGGUCACUCUUUGGAAUCCGACUUACGAGUAAUGAAAAUCUUGCAUACAAAUAUUGUCGAUACAUCUGUUGUUUAUGAGCAUAAUCGUGGCCCACCUUCGAAACCUUCGCUUAAGUGGCUCGCAAAAACUUUUCUUGACAGGGAUAUUCAACUUGGGGAAGGUGAUGGAAAUGGUCAUUCUUCAAUUGAAGAUGCAAAUACAUGUUUGGAUUUGGUGAAACUCAAGAUCUUGGAAGGAAAAUGCUUUGGGACUAAUGUCAAUGAAAUCUCCAUUUUUGAGCGUUUGAAAAAUAAUAAUGAACAUCAUAAAUCAACAUUUAUUGGUUACGAUAAGAGGGUUUCUCUGCCGGGAAAUAUCAAUCUUGCGCUGGUACACAAUGUUUCAAAUGACGACGAAGUGGUUGAGCUACUAAAACAAGAACUACAACAAAAGCAAAAACAAAAACAAAAAAAAGAUGAAGACCAACAACAACAACAACAACAACAACAACAACAACAACAACAACAACAACAACAACAACAACAAGAUACAGGGAAAGUAUCCAACUUAAUAAUUACAGAGUUGAGAGAUACACAGUAUAAUCUUCAUUGGGCUCACCCGUCAGAUGAUUACGAUGGGGUUGUUGACUUCGAUGUAGUUGCAUCGCGAGCAAGAACUAAUUCGAGACUUCAACGGAUAAUGGAUUUGCUCCCUUCAAACUCGUUAUUUGUGCUUUGUUCUCAAACUGGUAGCCCUAUAGAGAUGCAAUCCCUUCAAAAAGUACGUCGAAACUUUCAGAAAAUGGAAAAAGAUGGCGUGCUCCAAUUAAGCACUCUUCCCGAUUGUGAAUCGUGGGACUUGGUAAAACGCGAGAAGCUCAUCUCCGAGACCAUGAGCGCGAGAGAGGCUCUUAUGUUUAUCAAGGUCAAGAGUAACCCGAACCCAUCUCUUAAGGUGAUAGAUUAA